AUGGGCUCUAUUCAGGUUGAAUUCAAGAACUCUGCCACGACGGCUAUUCUGGAGGCCGUCAAGGCUCGUCGAACGCACUACGCUCUGAAGGCCGAGAGCCCCAUCUCCGACGAGGCUAUCGAACAUAUCGUUCAAUCUGCCGUCUUGCAUGUGCCCAGCUCCUUCAACACUCAGACCUCCCGCGUGGUUCUCCUGCUGAAGGAGGAGCACCAAAAGGUCUGGGACAUUGCCAUCAGCGCCAUGGAGGGACUUGUUGCUGCCGGAAAGGUUCCCAAGGAGACAUUUGAGAACCAGACCAAGCCCAAGCUGAAUGCUUUCCGUGCAGCUUACGGAACAGUUCUUUUCUUCGUGGACUACGACUCGCUGGCGACUAUCAAGGAGAAAUUUGCCAUCUACGCUGAUAAAUUUGACCCGUUUGCGCUCGAGUCGAAUGCUAUGUCGCAGUACCUCGUCUGGACGGCCCUGCAGUCCGAAGGCCUUGGUGCCAACCUCCAGCACUACAGCCCCUUGAUCGAUGAGGGCAUCCAGAAGCAGUGGAACCUGCCUGCUUCGUGGAAGCUUGAUGCGCAGUUGGUCUUUGGUGCUCCUGCUAGCGCGCCCGGCGAGAAGUCUUUCAAUCCUCUUGAGGACCGUUUCAAGGUAUUUGGUGCAUUGGCCUUGCUGCAAGUGUCUCAUAUCUUGGCACUGCAACCUGUUACGACCCAUGAUAUGCCAUACAUCUACGGAGUGGAAUCAAUAGUCGCCCGUACACAUACUUCCUUUGACCAUCUUCUCUAUGCUGUCCCAGGGUUUGGCUGCAUGUCCAUGGUACCGAUCUGCGUUCUCCCAGGCUCUUUCAAGGCCAAAAGUCUUAUGAAGAUUGGUGAAGGUGGAUUCAACCGCAUUGUACAGAUCACUAUGACUGAUGAUACUCAGAUCCUUGCUCAGUUGCCAUGCUGCAUCUUUAGCCAUGUCGGUGAGCCUUGUCAGGCCGAACUUGUCCUCGUUGCCAAUCUCUGGCACAAAUACUCGGCGUAUCGGUGUCCGAUAUCAUUUCCUGCGGCUGAGGCUGAUUCCAUCGUACACCUGCAGAGCAAGCAAGAAGAAGUUGGUGUCCGCCUCAAACAUGCCCGCAAUGCUACAGGUAUCAGCGCCAAUGGAUGGACGACUCCCAACAAAUAUGACGCUGCUUUGUCCCGAGACCGCCAGUUGAAGGCUGAUGGCUUUGCCUCUCUGAACUCCGAUUACGAGCGUGAAAUGACAUCUCGCCACUGGCCCUUUGACGACCACAACGAGGAUGAGUAUCCGCUAUCGCACUCCGCACGUCGACAGCAGUCACCUGUCUUCCCAAUCUGA